UUUGAACCCAAAUACCUUUCUGCAGAUGUGAGAUACUCCAAGAUAAUGACUGGAGAAAGGAUUAAUACCACAGUCACCAAGUUCAUCCUUUUAGGAUUCUCAGAGUUUCCCAAGCUCAGCAUCAUCCUUUUUGUAGUUUUCUUGGGGACCUACCUCUCCACAGUGCUGUGGAACCUGGGACUCAUAGUCCUGAUUAGGACGGACUCCUGCUUACACACACCCAUGUACUUCUUCCUCAGCAACUUGUCCUUCUUGGAUUUCUGUUAUGUUACCUCGACAACCCCCAGGAUGCUCUCAGACUUCUUCCAGAAGCCUAAACCCAUCUCCUCUAUGGGGUGCAUCACACAGUACUUCUUCUUCUCCAGCCUGGGUCUGUCUGAGUGCUGUCUCCUGACAGCCAUGGCCUAUGAUCGCUACGUGGCCAUUUGUAACCCCCUGCUCUACAUGGCCAUCAUGUCCCCCACUGUCUGUGUGUGGAUGGUGGUCGGAGCCUACAUGACCGGAUCCUCAGGCUCCCUGAUCCAAAUGUGUGCUUUACUUCAGCUCAAUUUCUGUGGGCCGAACAUUGUCAAUCACUUCUUUUGUGACCUUCCUCAAUUAUUAGUCCUAUCCUGCUCUGAAACCUUUUUCCUGCAAGCCACGAGGUUUGUGAUUGCUGUGAUUUUUGGUGUGACAUCUCUUUUAGUUAUCGUGGUCUCCUAUGCUUACAUUGUUGGUAGCAUGGUGAAGAUUAGCUCAGUGGAAGGCAGGUCCAAAGCCUUCAACACCUGUGCUUCUCACCUGACAGUGAUCACCCUAUUCUUUGGAUCAGGACUUUUUGUCUAUAUGCAUCCCAUCUCUGGUAAUUUUCUGGGCUAUGACAAGAUGGCAUCAGUUUUCUAUACCAUGGUGAUUCCCAUGUUGAACCCUUUGAUUUAUUGUCUGAGGAACAAGGAAAUCAAAGAUGCUUUUAAGAGAUGGAAGAAGAAGAGAGUGUUUUUCCAUUGUCACUGCUAA